UCAGUUCCCAUUAUGUCAUAGCAUAAGACAAACAUUUUCUGCCUUCAAAUUCUUCUAAAUGGAAUUCAUUUCGGGCAAUGAAACACUGCAUAAUAAACAAACUGAAAGGAAGCAAUUGUCGACUACAGCCAAGUUGUUAUUAGCAUGUACUGGUGGCAUAGGUUUGGGAAUAACUAUUGUAUGUGGAUCUUUCGUCGCACCUGCAUUUCGUAAAAUAUGUUUGCCAUAUGUUCCAGCCACAACAGAACAGAUAGGAAAUGUAUUAAAGUUUUUACCUAAAAAUAACAGCAGUAAGCUCUUGGAUAUUGGAAGUGGAGAUGGACGCAUAGUUAUUGCUGCCGCUAAACAUGGAUUGCAUGCCGAAGGUGUUGAACUGAAUCCAUGGCUUGUAUAUUUUUCGCGUUUAUCCGCGUUUCGAAUGGGUGUAAGUAAACAAACGCGUUUUUUCUGUAAAGAUCUAUGGAAAUUUAACAUUAAGUCCUACAAUUAUGUGGUUAUAUUUGGAGUUGAACAAAUGAUGAAAGAUAUUGAAAAAAAAUUGGUUGCAGAGGCCACCGAUGCUAAAGUGAUUGCCUGUCGAUUUCCAAUGCCUCAUUUAAAGCCCGAAUCGAUUAUUGAGGAUGGUGUGAAUACCGUUUGGUUUUACGAUUUAAACAAAAAAUGAGUUUUAUGUUUUUAAGAUUUAUUUUAUAUGUUUAUUUAAAAAGUCGCAACUAAGUUAAAUGCACAUAUAGUAAUUUACAAAAUGUAAAUAGCUAUACCUUACGCCUUACAAAAAAUAAAAAAUUUUAAAGUUAUUUGAUAUAAGUAUAACGAAACAUUAAUACAAUGCGAUAUCAGUUCAGAAUAACGAAGUGAGGAUGUAAUAUAAAGAAAUUUAAAAACUGCAGUUGUAUAUAUUUAACUGAGCAUACAGAGAUUCGUUACUCGACUAACACAAAGCUUACUUAUUUAAAAUAUUAAGUUAAUGGUUUUUAAAACCAAAAUAAAUUGUUUUAUUUGCUAAAACCGUCGUCCUAAAUAUAGUUCUUUUGUUAAAGGAU